AUGGCCGAAGUCGAAAUGCCCCAACCAGUGCCUGGUCCUGUUUCAGAUGAGAAUACAGCCCCUGCCACCUCCGACGAGAUCAAGACCGUCUUCCACGAUGUGAACAAUUUCAACGUCAAACACCCUCUUCUCAAUAACUGGAGUCUCUGGUUCACCAAGCCACCUUCAUCGAAAGGCGACAACUGGAAUGAUCUCCUGAAAGAAGUCAUUUCCUUCGACUCGGUGGAAGAAUUCUGGGGAGUAUAUAACAAUAUUACUGCUUGCUCCGACCUUGGCCUUAAGUCUGAUUACCAUCUAUUCAAAAAAGGAGUCCGGCCAGAGUGGGAAGACCCGCAGAAUAAGCAUGGAGGCAAAUGGUCGUAUAGUUUCAAGGAUAAGAAGCUGAUCAACAUCGACGAGCUGUGGCUUCACACCCAACUUGCUGCAAUCGGCGAGACCCUGGAGGAUGAAGGCGACAACGAGAUCAUGGGCGUGGUGGUCAACGUCAGAAAGGGUUUCUACCGAGUUGGCCUCUGGACUCGCACCACUGGAAAGGCAGGCGGCCGUGACAACUUGAUGAAAAUUGGUCAACGAUUCAAGGAUGUGCUUCAACUUCCAGCCACAGAGCAACUCGAAUUCAGUGGUCACACAGACGCAGCACAUGCAGGCAGCACCAGAGCCAAGGCCAAAUAUGUAGUCUAA